AUGAAAAGGCUCGAUCAACAAAUAUGGGGAUCCGAAGACGAAGAAGAUAUAGACGAAGAACAUAAUAAGAACGAGGCAAAGGUUGAUCCCUAUCAUGGAAAACAACAAGAACUACCUGAGCCCGAAGACUUUGAAAUGCCCGAUGAUUUAAACUUGGACGGCGAAGAAAAAGACGAUAAGAAUGGAGAAACCGAAACUGAAAAUCCGUUUGAAAUCGACGCGAUGAAAGAAGCUUUACAAGAAGAGCAGAAAGAAAAUGAUGGUGAAGAUAAAGAUAAAGGAAAUAAAAAUGGGUUAGAAGUGUCCAGUGAUGAGGGAGGUGAAGGAAACGAUGAUGAACAGAACAAAGAGGAAGGUACUGAAACGGAGCAAGACAAAGAGAAACAUGAAAACGAAGAAAUACUGAAAGAAACAGGAGAUGAUAAAACACAAGUGGAUGAAAACAAUUCGGAAACGGAACCGGAUACACAGGGUGGCUCAGAGAAAGAAUUACCAAAGAAUCCGGAUGACAUAACGAAAGAUGAAGAAAAACAAGAGACUAACCAAGAUCCGAAUCCAAACGCGGAUCCUUCUAAUAGAGAUCCGUCGGCUGAGGAUAAAGUUGAGAACGCAGAAAUGGAAAAAGGAACAAAUGACAAUGUACAAAUGAACACGGAACCUAUAAAUGAUGAAGACGCAGCACCUUGUGAACAACUUCAAGAACUAGAUAAGAGUGAUGAAGGACACAGGGGAGAUAAACAAGCGACCAGGGGCGAAUAA